UUCACCCCCCUUUUUGCUUCAAAUAUCUAAAGCUUGAAUCUUUUCCCAAGUGGGUGUGCUAGACAACCCUUUUGUUGUAGCACUCUGAAGCCAUUUUUCUAUUAUUCUAGCUUUUUUUUAUUUGUUUUGAAGGAAACUUCUGCGACUGUGCUGAUGGCACUGAUGAACAAGAUAUUAUGGCUGUUUUCUGUAGCUGCCAUGCCACCAUCAUAACUUUCUUACUAUUGCAGAAACAUAGGAAGCAAGAUUCUUGUAAUGGGAGUGGUGAGUAUGAUGGAACCCUUCAUUGUUCCAACACUUGUCACAUUUGGGAACAUUGAGUACAGGAUAUGCAAUUACAACACAUGAAGUCAGUGGAAAUGAUUCAUAACCUUACUGGUUUCAUUAAACCCGGGUAGUCCAGUACUAUUCUCAACAAUGCAUCAUAGAUUUCUUCUUCAUUUCCGCCCCAUUCUGAACCAAUAUCCUUCAGUCCGUUCAGUUUCGUCAUUGCAAAAGCUUGAGCAGGCUGUUAGAGCUGAAGUAGAGGCCAAAAACUUCAUUAAAAUUCCUGAACUUCUCAAUUCCUUGGAGUCCGGCCAAAAUUCCAAUCCUUUUUCUUUCUUUUCUUCCUUUCCCAAGAACUUACAAGUGGAAAUUGUUGAUGAAAUGUUACAAUCUUUUAUACCUCUCAGACCUCGCUCUAAGCCCCAACUAGCCUAUUCCUACCUUCUUUCUUACACCCUCCAAAGUUCCCAUCCCCUCCCUCUUGCACUUGCUAUCCUACAACGGACUCUACGUUCUGGUUGCAUUCCGGUUCCUCAAACCCAUGUUCUCCUCUCAUCUGCUUGGUUGGACCGGCGACAUCUGUCUAAUUCUGUAGCUAAUAUCUUACUUGAGAUGCAAUCAAUUGGAUAUCAUCCUGACUGUGGGACUUGUAAUUAUCUACUAUCAUCUCUUUGUGCUGUUGAUCAAUCGGUGGAGGCAGUUAAAGUCCUGAAGGGCAUGGGUGGAGCAGGAUGUAUUCCUGAUUCAAAUAGUUAUGGCAUUGUAAUUGGUGCAAUGUGCAGAGUGAGAAGGACUGCUGAGGCACAGGAUUUGUUGAAGCAAAUGUUGGUGAAGUAUGGGUUGACACCAGGACAGGGAACACUGGUGAAAUUGUUGGCAGCAUUACGGGCCAACAGGGAGAUAUGGAAAGCUGUUGAGAUGCUUGAAUUCCUGGAGAAAGAGGGUCAUUCGGUUGGAUUUGAGAGUUACGAGGUUGUCAUUGAAGGGUGUUUGGAGAAACGUGAGUAUGUUUUAGCCGCAAAGGUUGCGAUGGGGAUGACAGAAAGAGGUUUUAUACCUUAUAUCAGAGUCAGACAGAAGAUAAUUGAAGGUUUGGCCAGUAUGGAUGAGUGGAAGAUAGCUUGUGCUGUGAGACAAAGAUUUGCGGCACUCAAAUCUUAGCUGUUUAAUAAUUUUGAGUGUGCCAAGUACAAUUCUUAAUGCUGAACGGGUGACUUCAUAUUGCAAAGACUUGUAGCUUCUGCAUUAUUAUGUCAUUGUUCUGUUCUAAAUGACACUACUGUAAGAUUAUACUAUGAUUUUCAACGGAGUAACGCAGCACCAGAAUCUCAGAUUUGCAAAACAUUUCUGGGUAUAAUCACUGUAGUCAAAGCAUGGAAAAAGAGUGAGCAUAUACAACAGAACUGGGUUUUCUUUGAAUUGUGGAAUUAAUGUUCCUUCUUAGCCUGAAUUUGGUGGGGUUGGUUAUUUUAUAAUAGGGACAGGAUCAUUAUAUACCUGUGUAAGUUACACUUUUAAUCUUUGUUGUUAUUGGAUUUAUAUCUAACGGUUUUAAUUGAUUAAUUAUGUGAGCCGUUUGGUUACGAGUGAAUCAAUUGUUAAGAUUGAGUGUAAGACUUUUUAUUAUUACACCAAUAUACGUUGAUCUUGCCCCUUUGUAAUAUAUUCAAGAGAAUUUGGCAAUAAAGUAGAUUUUUGUCACCGGAAUAUGGAGUAAUUUCAUGUAUAUUAGUGACCCAAAAAAAUAAAAAUAAUACAAGUAUAUUAAAUGCACCAGAUUAUAAAUUGGUGGAAGAUAUAAUGUAAUUUGUGCUUUAUUGUUCCAGUUUCAAGUCAUCUUUCUUUUUCUGCAGAGUGAUCAAUGCAUAACUUCUG